AUGCCAGAAGCUGCGGUGAGUCUGCGUGGCUCCCGUGGCGGGCUGGGUGCGAUUCCCGAACAGCAGCAGGCUGCGUGUCCCUUCCAUCGGCGGAGAACAGGCUGCCCUGGCCACAGGCGCGCUCCUGGAGCAGCUGCAGGACCCAGGGUCACCGGGGCGGCCGCCACGGCUGGGUGCGGCAGCAGCGACGGGCCGGUCCCUGCGGGCUGGUGCUACGGCUGUUGGUGGAGGCGGGCAGGGCACGAAACAGCGGCGGCGGGGUCGCGGCUCGGGACGAGCAGGCUGGGGUCGUGCUGCGGACGACGGCGGCGACGGCAGGCUCGGCUGGCUGCGGGCGGGCGGCGGUGGCGGCUGUGCCGGCAAGCACGAGGGGCGGCUGAGCCGCUCCAGCGCGGAGGCAGCAGAGCACGAGGUCAUCGCGGUGGCAAGCUGGUGUGCGGGAACGAUCAAGAGGGAAGCAGGACCACAGGGAGGAAAAGGCGAGGGAGAGGGGAGAAGGAUAAAGCGGACCUUACAGGCGAGGCCCCGCUCGCUCCAAGGCUUUUGGAAGCUCUUGCCACAGCAGUGUUCCCAGGGAGGUCAGCAAUGGGACGAGGGAUGAGCAGGAUCAUGGCCACAGAGGAGCAGCAGUGACAGAUGAACAUGUGGUAGGUGGAUCUGCCAGAGGUCUUAUUUGCAAAGCUGUUGAUGUAACUGCUGACACAUCUAAAUGUCAGGUGAGUUUUCUGGAUUCCCACACAUUCAGGACCUUGGUGAUCCUUCCCACAUACCCAGAAGAGGCACACAUCUAUCAACAUUUCAUCUUCUGUUGUCUGUGCUCUCAAAUAUUUUGAAACAGGCAUUUUCUUUUUAAUAAUUCUAUUGUUGUAUUCUAUUAUCUUCUUGCAAAAAUGAUGAACUUCUAUUUUAAUUCAUAUUAUUCCCACUUAGGCUGGUUUAAGUAGGUGCCCAGCACUCUACUUCCAAAGGUCCCUUUGUAGCCUCACUAAAGAAAUAUUAGAGUGUUCCCUGAAAUAGCUCAAUGAUUUGGAUUCUUUCUUCUUUUCUUCCCUGCAGUCCUAUUCAUGCACUUUCAAGUUUGCAGUUUCUUGCACUCUCUUCAAUAAUUAGACCUUCAUCUCCCAAACCUUCCUCUUUUCAUUAAAUAAGCUCAGACCAAUGUAAUGCUGCCAUGGAAUUCAGCUGGUUCCCAUAUUUGUGUCUAUUCCCAUUUUUGUGUAUUCUAUAUGAACUUCCUUUCAAGGUAGCUGGUGUGAUAGAGCUUUUCUCAGUGCUUUACGGUUGCCAUUUUUCCCCCUCAAAUGUGAGGGCCUUGACAUUUUUAUUCCCUUUGAGAAGGAAAAUUACAUUGUUCAGAACACCAAACUCCAUGCUAGAAAACCCAAUAGCCUGAUUUGGACCAUUCUUCUUAAAAACAGAAUUUUCAAAUCAACCUUCAUGUUGGCAACUUUGUCCUCUAAUAAUUUAAUGAUGUCAUUUUUGACUGCCGGUUUGAGAAGGAUCUGUCAUCAGAUCUAUAGAAAAGACAAAACCUCCAGACUGCCUUCAUCCUGUUGUAUCUUAGAAAGAGAAAUGCCUUUCCUCUCACAAUUGGCUUGAAUAUCCAUGGUACCUGAGAAACUUCAGGUAGUUUUGCAGGCUUGUGUGAUUACACACUGAAACGUCCCCUUGACCUAGGCGAAUCUCCUGCAUUGUCAGUAGCAUUCUGAGAAAAGCAAAAUUAAUUCUGAAGGACUUCUUUAGGUCUUGGUUGACUGGUGGAUACAAGAGGUUAUAAUUGCUGAGAUGUACUCCUGCUUUUAGUAGUUAUUACUUUACAUAUUUUUUAAUAGCUAUACUUUGGAUUUGCCCAUCAGCAUCAGUAAAAAAUAAUAUAAAACUAAUAACCCAACAGCUAUAUAUAAUUACCUGUGUUCCAGUUCUUAAUAUUUCUUAAAGAAUUGUUCUAUGAUUUCUGCUUCCCAGGGAGAGGGACAAUUCAAGGGAAGUGUAUGCAAAUUCUCUGAUAUUAAAUUUGAGGACCCAAUUAUUAACAUUAUUUAUUGGGAUCACUGAACUACCCCAGUAGGGAACUGUGGGAAGGAGGAGCUGGAUAUGGUAACUCCCACCCUCUGAGAAGGUGGAACACUUUCCAGUGUCUUCUGAUGAAGAAUCCACCUAGAAUCCACCCUGCCUUGCAUAGGAGAAUACAAAAUACAGAUGCAAUAGAAAAGCAAUAUAAAUGUGUACAGUGACACCAUUGAUAACACUGCCUGUCAAAUUUAAAUAUACUGAGAAUGGCUUUAAAUUAAUAGCUCUUGGAACUGGACCUUGUAAAAUUCACUCAUACAUGACAAUUUUAUUAACAUUCCUGUUGCACAUAAAGCACUGGAACUAUACACAUGAAGAACAUCCAUCAUGACAAAAGGAAUUUUUGUGUGUUUAACGGGUAAGAUUAUAGUGGUUAAACACUCAAAUUAUGAUAAUCAUGGUGAAUAGGAAGCUGUGAAUCCAUUGCUGCCACUGCUUUGGAUUUUGUUGGAAUGCUUUUCUAUGAAAGCCAUCAGCAGCAGAGAGGGAGGGGCAGGGAAAGGGGAAGGGGAUGAACUGGCAUUGAUGAGGUGCAUUUCUCAUUAAUUCAAGUACACUAACAUGGAGACAUUGCACAUUCUCAAGCUACAAAUUGAACAGCCACGGCAGGUAAACAAAUACAUAACCCAACAAGGAGCAGGGCUACUCCUUUAGCAAGGUCAGGAGUCCUUGUAAUGAACAGUUAUCUUAGGACAAGCUCUUAAACCUCAUUUAAUUAGGGUAUGUAUGACCUGCCGUAUUUUCUUUGAGAAAACAUUUGGCUUCUGCUUCCUGAAAAAGAUUGUUUGAUAUCAAAGUAUUCUUAAUUGAUUAACAAUAGUAAUUCUGACCCUGAAGGUCUGUCCGAGACCCACGGUGUUUAGUUUUGAAUAUCACUUUAUUUAAUUUGAAGGCUUUUUGAUUUCACUUCACGCACCAAAAAUUUUGCAAGAUUUACUGACUGCAGCUUUUGCUCUGCAGAAGCAGCUGGAAAACUCUUACCUGUAAGGAAACACUUGAUAAAAACUCACAUACAACCUCAAUAGACUAAAAUUCCAAAACCUAGUGAAUCUUGUUCUCUCUAGGAUUGAUUUGGGUGGAAAAGAAUAAUAAUUUUC